AUGACCGCACAUUACACGAAAUGGUAUGUGGAACAUCUGGUGAAGCAUGCGUACGCGGAUCACUUUGUCUAUUCUCCUCUUCUCAAGAGUUUUGUCACCAUGGUGUCACCCGAAGUGGUCCGAUUUCGUGCAGAGGAUUUUGCCGAUCUGAAUGAGUUGCGUGCGCUCGCUGAACUGAUCGGUCCUCUCGGGAUGAAACACAUGUGCGAUCAUUUGAUGCAAGAUAUCGGACAUCGAGUGGAUGAGAUUAAAAAACUGGUAUUACAAAACCGAAGCACGUUGGAGAGUUUGCGUGAAUGCUUUGACGAUCCACAAAAAACACGUCAAUUGGGCAAUAGUCUUCAGAACAGUGAUACCUUGCUGGUGCUUCUCAAAGAGAUCGGUGUGGCUCUGGCCUUCCGCACACUGUGCGCGGAAGCAUUGAAUGAUGUUCUGCAAAAGCGCACACCGUUCCUGCUGUCCACUGUGCACAACUUACGUAACUACGUUACGCAACAAUCUGGCGGCCAGUUACUGCCUCCAACACUUGGUUCAGCCGCAGCCAUGUCCCCGAACGGGAUACGCGAUGAUGUGGAGACAAUUUAUGCCCGGUUUGACUCGCAGCUAGUGUUGAACAAUCUGUCUGCCAGUAUGGGGAUCCUAUCUGAUUUGGAUUAUAGUUUGUGCGCGAUUCUAAACAGUCGUCGAUCGGCCGCUUUGGCCGCCAGUCAGCAGGCUAACGCGGGCGGUACAAUCAAUGGUGCAGGCGGUUCGGUCCCGUUCCCGGAUCUAGACUAUCACAUUUCGUGCCUGUUCAUUGUGUUCGUGGCGAAUGCUUUGCCCCGUCUCGCGCGACAAGAGUCCAGCGCGUACCAUCUGGAUCUGGAAGCGAAUGAAAAUAACACGCACUGUUUGGCCUAUUCCGUGAACGCCCUCAUGGUGGCCAUGUUUUCCCUACUUCGACCCGGAGAUUUGGAAGCCCGGUCCAAAGAAUUCCUGGCUUUGGCCUCGUCAAAUCUUCUCCGUCUCGGACUGGAAACAUCGACAUCCAUCCUGUCUUCCGAGGUCUGCGGUGGAAGUACCGGUGGCAGUGGUGGUGGAGGUGGUGGUGGUAGCGGUGGUACGGGUGUGGGGUCCGGUGGUAGCCAAUCUUCGUCGUCCAACCCAAAUCCAACACACCCUGCAAAACAACGGGACUCGAUCUAUAUCUUGUUCGACAAUCUUGUCCGGCAUUCCCCUUGUUUAUCACACAGCCUGCAAGAGGCUUGUUUCCCCUACUCGCUGAUUCGCAGUGCUUACCACAAUGUGGCUAAGGCGAGCACGACCACCACAGGUUCAUCUUCUGCCGUGCGUUCCAAUGUGAUGUCUGCAUCGCAUGCCGAUUUGAAAUCACGUGACUAG